CCCGAACCAUUAAUUGGCUGAUUACCAAGACCCAGAUCGAGGACAUUAGUCUCCUUCGUGUCAGGGGAACGGGACAUGCAUAUGCAUGCAUGUGGUGUGGUGACGAUUUUGCUGCUAUGUUUUUAAGCAGUUCAUCCACAAAGCAGUACAGACACUACGUACAGAGCAUCUCAUCGGCAUUUUUCCAAGUUACAGCUAGUGCUUUACCCCUCUAUAAAAAGAAAGAGAGUUACAAUUACGUGCAAUAAAGGAUUCCAAGUUGAAGAGUGCAUACGCUGCUUGUUGUUCUCCAUCCCCCUCUCCACAUUUAGAACUCCGCUCGUUUCUUUAAGCAGCUGUCCUAGCUGAGAUGCCGCCGCAUUCAGGGCCUUCCGGGUGCGCCUCGCGCGAGAUGCCGCCGCCGCCGAGCCGCGCCCUGCUCGCGGCCAUCGUCCUCGCCCUUCUCCUCCUCCUCGUCGUCGCCGCGCACGGCCACGGCGAUGCCGAUCCUGGCAUGGCCGCGUGCACGGUGGAGGACGACGAGGCGUGCGCCGGCCAGGGCGAGGAGGAGUUGAUGGCGAGGAGUACUCGGAGGGAGCUGGGCGGCGGCGGGUACAUUGGCUACGACGCGCUGCGGCGGAACGCGGUGCCGUGCUCGUACCGGGGCGCGUCCUACUACAACUGCCGCCCCGGCGGCCAGGCCAACCCCUACUCCCGCGGCUGCUCCUCCAUCACCCGCUGCAGAGGCUAAUUAUUCAAGCCACACACACCAACCCUCCUCCUCGAUCUUCAAGAGCUAGGCUAGCUGCUCGGUCCCUGCAGUGCGCGCAGCCUGCUAGCUGCAAUCUUGUAGCAGCAGUAAACUUGUAAUCCAUUUUUUGUUUUCUUGUUUCAUCUUCUUCUUCUUUUUCUUCUUCUUCUUACUACUCUAUAUGCCGGCGAUUGAUUCUUGGGAUCAGUGGUUCAUACCGGAGCAAAUUCUUGGACUACUUUUUGUUGUAAUUGGCGUUUUAUUUAACUGCUGUAUCGAUCGAUUCCCCGGUUCGUUAACUGAGAUCAA